UUCCGGUCAAUCUUUGUUCAUCUCACUUUCACAAGGCGGUGACUUUUAAGCUGACACAGCUCACCGUGAUCUAACGACCUGGACUUGAUUGAGUAUUCUUCAGUUCUACGCGUCUGGACACUACUGACAUGUCACUCCAGGAUAACGUUUAGAUGGACUUUCCCCGAGUAUUGACAUAAGGUAACAAUGGUUGUGAACUGAGUGUUUCAACAACUGGAAAGCAUCAGCAACCACUAGGAAAGAUGGACGCCCUCGACACCCCCGACUAUAGUCAGUUUGACAGCAUCAGCACCGACAGCAGCCCACAGCGGUUGCCAGGUGGCCGGAUGGAGAGGGGGUCUAUUCUGGAACCACCUGUUGAUGACCAAGUGUAUUAUGUUUCAGAUGAUACAUACGGAAUAUUUGCCAGCGGCCGAGACUACGAGCCUGUGUACGUCACUCACAAGUACACAGAGAAGGAGAAGGAAACUCUGGCGUCCUUUGAGAGCCUGGAUUAUCUCCCCUCACACAGCUUUGUAUUCAAACACUGGAUCAAGAGACAGGUCAUUACGAGGUUGGAGCUGGACCGCUGGCUCAUGAUGGGUAUGAUCGGUUUCGGAGUCGGCAUGAUCGGGUUCCUGCUGCAUCAGCUGAUUGAGGAGGUGGCCAGCUUCAAGUGGGACACUAUACAGGGCUUCCUGGAUGAAGAUAGGAUUGUGAUUGCCUGGCUGUUCGGUGUGGGCUACAGUAUCCUGUUCAUUGUCUUCAGUGCUGCAGUGGUUGUGUUCUGGAGACCAAGUGCAGGUGGCUCUGGCAUCCCCGAAGUGACCGGCUUUCUGAAUGGAACCAAUAUUCGACAUAUCUUCAACCUCCAGACAAUGAUCGUCAAAUUUCUGUCAUGUGUGGCGGCUAUUGGCUGUGGGAUGCCAGUUGGCCCCGAGGGUCCCAUGAUUCAUUUAGGAGCUCUUGUUGGUGCAGGGAUGAGUCAGGCCAGGUCGGAGACGCUCAGGUUUAAACUGCCAUUUUUCCAGCGGUUCCGGAACUCCGAGGACAGGAGAAACUUCAUCUCUGCUGGUGCAGCUGCUGGAGUGUCAUCAGCGUUUGGCGCCCCUGUAGGUGGGCUGCUGUUCGCGAUGGAGGAGGUGUCGUCGUUCUGGACCACGGCCCUGUCCUGGCAGAUCUUCUUCUGUUGUAUGAUCUCCACCUUCACCACCGACCUCUUCAAUUCCGCCUUCCAGGGAUUCAGCUACACUGGAGAUUUUGGCGAGUUCAAGCUGGAGAGAUACAUUCUAUUCAACAUCAGUAAAGGUGUGAACGUCAACAUCCUCAUGUUCAUCCCCACCGUCGUGAUCGGCAUCAUCGGUGGCCUCACCGGCGCCCUCUUCACCAUCAUCAACCUCAAGAUCACUCGCAGUCGGAAGAGACUGCUGUCUCGGAUUGGCAAAAGUUGGGGACAGAAAACCUUCAGGCUUGUGGAGCCUGCAGUAAUAAUGGUGAUCGUGACGACAGUGGUGCUAUUUCUGCCAUCAGCCUUCUCCUGCUCCUCCUACAGAUGCAUAGAGGGGGCUGCUGGCCCAGUUGUUUCAGGCUGUUUAAAUGACACUCGAAAUGCCCUACACAUCGAGUCCGCUGUAAAGACCUACACCUGUGUCCAGGGUCAGAGCUGGCAGGUUAACGAGACCACCUGGCACACCAACGGUACUUACAAUGAAUUGGCCUCCUUGUUGUUUGGGACUCUGGAGACAGCCGUGAAGCAUCUGUUUUCUCGAGGGACUCACAUCCAGUUCGGCUACGCGACGCUGUUUACAGCCUUCCCCUACUUCUUCCUGGCUGUGUGCUGGUCUUCUGGAACCUCCGUGUCUUGUGGUCCCCUGGUCCCCAUGUUGUUGAUAGGAUCCUUAUAUGGUCGUAUAGUUGGCGUUGCCAUGGUGUCCAUGUUUGGAAUCCACUCUGAGACCAGCGGUUACUGGGCGUGGAUGGAUCCAGGGGUCUUUGCCCUCAUUGGGGCUGCCUCCUUCUUUGGGGGCGUGUCCAGACUGACCCUGGCUGUCACUGUCAUCAUGAUGGAACUGACUAACGAUGUGCAGGUUCUACUCCCGGUCAUGGUGGCGGUGAUGGUGUCCAAGUGGGUGGGAGACUUCUUCACCCAUCCCAUCUUCCACGCCCACCUUGAGCUGAAGUGUAUUCCCUUCCUCGACACAGAGCCUCGGGUCAUGAACGAAGGGAAACUCCUCCAACUGGAUCUGUUCUGUGCCCGAGACAUCAUGUCAUCACCAGUGGUGUCCGUCCAUCAAGUGGAAUCGGUAGCCUCUCUGGCUGAGAUGUUGCUAAGCAACUCUCAUGGUGGAUUCCCUGUGGUUAAAAGGGACAGGAACAAUGAAGAAGUUUUCUUUGGGUUAAUUACAAGGAUUGAACUGAUGGUACUUCUCAUGCACGAGGAGUUGUUUCAGGCGGACGCCCACACGGAUUUCAAUGAGGGCUCCGAUAUCACUUGGGUUGAUUAUGAGAAGCUCCUGUUGGAGAGGUUGCCCAAAUCAGAAGAUGUAUUGAAGACAUUCAAUAGAUACCACGACGACCCUAAAUACAGAGAUAUGUUUCUCAACCUGAACCCUUACAUCAACCAGUCAGCUCUCUCGGUGCAGGAGAAGUUCUCGUUACAUCGUACAUACAUCGUGUUGCGGACACUGGGCAUGCGCCACCUAGUGGUCACGGAUGCAAUGAACAGGGUAGUGGGCUUCAUCACACGGAAAGACUUGAUGGGUUUCAGUAUUGAGGAGAAACUGAACUCUGUCAUGGAGAAACAGAUCGAGAUGCAGGAGCGUCUUCUCCACGACCAGGAACUACUAGGCUCCGAAUCAAUCUCAUAACAACCUGCUGGAUUAGGAUAGCAACAAUACCUCUGAUGUAUAACCAUUUGUUCUGUCACAAUAGGGGCUGACUGUACCAGUGGAAUUGAAGACGAAGACGUUCAAUUUAUAACAUAUUCUACUGUAAAGAAGUUGGCGAACAGCCAAUUCUUUCAUAUAAAAUCAUGAAAUUGAUAAGAGAGGGAAAUUUUACAAAAAGUUAGAGUGACCCUUGUCUUGCUUCAAACAUCCAAUGUGGUUUUAAGGAGGUAGUUUUAAUAUGAACAGUCAGCUCUGGCUAUUGACAGGUCUGCUUUCAAAACGCAUUAUUUUUAAGAUGUAACCAAAGAAAUAUGAAAGUUUUUUAAAACUUCUUUUGAGUGAUAUAUGUAUCCAUGGAGUUAAGUAUCAUAUUGAUAUGUUGAUAUGUUGAUAUAUUGAUAUAUUGAUAUGUUGAUCAAUAAUCUGCUGGUAAAAUUUGGGUCAGACUGACCUUAACUUUUGUAAUUUCUUAGAGAUAGAGAUAAUAAUGAAAGUGACCUUGACCUUUGUAUUGGUUUCAUGAGGCCAGUAAGGUUAAAGAGACAGAUCUUUUAUUGGUUUCAUUUUGUACAUUGUGGAAAUAGUGAGAAAUGCAGUUUAAUGACUCAUCCACUGUGGAAUCAUCAAUAAAUAUUGUGUGAAAAUGAUUAAAUGUGAAUGUCAGAGAAAACAAAAUGGCCAAGUCAUUGUGUCUGUCAACGUGAAUCAUCUUUGCGUCAUUCUAUACUGCCAUCAUUCCGUAAUCCUACCAGAACAUCACUGCUUGAUUACUCUCUCUGUGUUUAGAUAUCACAUUCCUCAAAGUACAGCAUGGCCGGUCUUUAUGUAGAGUUAUGUCCCUUAGUUCCUAGGGUUGGCAAAUUGUUGGCUUUGAUUAAGAUUUAAUCCACAGUCUGUGACCUCAAUACCAGAGUUGCAAGCCGUCUUUGUUUUGGGAGUGUACUCCUAUUUCUGCCAGUAUAAUUGCAUGAAAUUUAUGAAGAAAUUGUGCAAAAAUUUCACUAUUGCCUUAGACUAUCCCUGACUUUCAUACUCUGUCACAGUAACUGUGGCUCAAUUUGAAGGCAAGCUAUUUAAAUAUGUUGUUAUGACUCUCUGUAAGCCAGUUUAAUCAUCCCUUUGUUAAAAAUGAUUUUCUGCUGCAUCAUAAAUGAUUAAAGGUAAUAUCCUAUAGUAUGUACUACCUUGGAAAGAUGAAAGAUGAUUAUUUGUUUUAACUGCGAGAAAACAAUUUACCAUGCAAAUUUAUAAAAUCAUUUUUAAUGCCCAAGCAUAUUGUUUAUUCAUAACUGCCAGAAAUUGAAUUUUGCCAUGUGCAGGAUGUUUAGAGAUUUUUCCAGGAUAUAAAGUGUCACAACCUGUAUCCCUGGUGCUGUCCGCCAUGAAAACAAAACAGGAACAUCAUAAGGAUUGACGAUUAAACAGAAUUGUUGAAUUAACCAAAAGUUAUUGAUUUCAUGAUGAAUCACCAAUACAUCCAAUGUCCAUUUGUCAAUUUCUGGUGUCCCCCACCAUGAUAUUGCUGGAAUAUUGCAAAAAGCGGCGUAAAACCAUACUCACUCAUUCACUCGCUCCAAUGUCAAUUUUUCAUGAGUUCAUGCCUCUCACUAAGGCGUAUGAAGCCUCGAUGAUGUCAGUAUGCUUUGUACCUGUGAGGAAGUUGUCCCACUGUUGUUUUGUUGGUCUGUGCAAUAUGAAUGUUACUCAUCUUCUUGUUACACAAUGGUUUAUGCGUCUCAGUCUUGGAGAGAUGUCCGGGAAAUAAACCAUUUUUGUUA